AUGUUCAAUCGGCGCAAAAGAAGCAGAAGCUCAACACGGCGACAGCCGCUGUCUGGGCCACCCUCCCAAUCCGCUCAAUCCGCCGCCAGCCAUGCCUUUCUCAAUUCCCAACCAGGGUCAAACUUGUCGUCUGCAGCGGCUGCAGCCGCUUUACGCUCUAUGACUCCCACUCCAACACCAGUUGAGAAUGUUCAGACCAAGCGUAUGGCCCAGCGUCAGGGGGCUGCACCCUCGCCUCCCAACAUGGCCACAAACCGUCGGUCCGUCAGCGUAAGCACGCCGCUCCGUCGAUCCACCAGUUCUAGCUCCAUGACGGCAAGAACAUUUCGAGAGAAUUCACCUCAUCGCCCAUCGACAAGUUCUGGGCCGGGUGAUCGACGUCAUACACCGGUUGAUGUACCCCCUUUACCAGCUGUGCCACCCAAGUUUGCGGCGCAACCUGGCUCGGGCCGUCGUUCGGUCUCCAUGGACCCUUCAACAAGAUCGUCCACUGUCACUCCCACCUCUCCUAGGCGACUUCAUGUGCAGACAGACCAAGGAACGCCCAGCAGUCCCUCAAGUCAACGAUCAACGCAUAGCCGUGUGGCCAGUCUCGGUGCACUCUCCGAAGAAGACCGACCUAGUAGCCGAAAUUCAAUCAACUUCUCUUACCCCAGAGGAUCAAGGCCAACUUCACCAACCCCGGCAUCGGUGAAUCUCCCGAGCGUCAACACCAAGUCCGUUCGCGACAGCCCAGGCAAAAAGUCUGUCGCUCGUGAUGCCAUUGUCAACAGGUCCGGCGAUGUCAAGUCCCAGGCGGCUUCCGCGGGAAGUUUGGAUAGCAUUCAGCCGACGACAUCAGCGGGGGCGGUCAAGAGCACGGCCGUUGCGGCUGCCAGCCUCAGCAUGCAGCCUCAGGAUGCUCAAUCGGAUCGUCCUUCCAAAAUUGAAGAGCGCAUCGACCAAACUAGACCAGUCCCUACUUCGCAGGAACAACACCCAACCCGAUCUCUGCCGCCUAUCGACACCAGUUCUGAAAAUCCACCCCAACAUACAUCUCCCCGGGCUGCCUUGGUUCGCAUGCCAUCGACUGUCCAAGAAGAAAAUGAGCCAAAGGAAGACAAGAUUGAUCCGUUCGUCACAAAGGUCACCAGUGCGCCCGUCGAACAGCCCUCCUCCGUCAACGCUCCAACAGGCUCUGUUUCAACCCAGCAAUCGUCACCGCCUUCCUCGCCAAGGGUUCCUCGAGUCACCACACCCCAGCCAAACGGUCAUGUUACGGAAUCCCAAAGCCCUGGUCGUUCAGCACGCUUCUCGACGCUUCUUCCUGUGGCGGCAACGGACCACCAGCUUCAUGAGCCACCCCCACGCUCCGUAUCCCCUGCCAAAUCGGCCCUGAAAAAUGGCCGUGGGACGUCCAUGUCUCCGGAUCGGAAUUUGAGUAGUGGUCGCAUCAUCCAACCGCCCAGCGAGAUAUCGGAUGGUACUUCGAUCGCGUCCGACGAGGGGUCGAGAUAUGGUGUUAAGAAGCGUCCGGGCAAAGUGAGCUUCGAAGACGAGGCAGAAGUUCUGGGUGUCGCAGCUAGCCCUCCGACCUCACCUGAGGAGUAUGUACCAGAUUCGCCGCCGGCAAAGAACAAGUCACGUAUGAGCUGGCUUGGCGUCGGCAAGAAACGUGCAUCGUCCGCUGAGUACAGUCACGGCGACAGUGACAUUUACGAUGUCAUGAAACCUAGACAGGCGCUCCCGUCGUUUGGGAGCGUUCGUGGCAGCCGCCCGGGUAAUGUGCCGACGCCAGCUGUGCACGAGGUGAGCGACAACGAGUCGUCCAGCUCUUCUGAAGAUGGCAUUGUUGCCCCUCGGUCGUCUUUGGCCCAUCACAAUGGCUCUACAGGCGUGCCGGUCCAGAGUGAAGCAUCAAGUGGAGCCCAGCCUCACAAAGUUUCCGCCUUGGAACAGCUGUCUGUUGCGGGAAGCUCCUCUCUAUACCAGCCAGUGCCGGUGUCUGAGGGUGCAGCAGAUAGCCAGCAGACAAUGAAAGCCCCGCGAGAUUCGACAGCCUUGAACCCUCCCAUCAUCUCACGCCCUCCACCGGUCAUUGCUAUCGAACCAGCCACGCCCCCGGUAGAAUCAGAUCAAGUGAAGUUUGGAGUGCCUAUGGGCUCAUACGGGCACACUGAGGCCGAGGAUCGACCAUCUGCUUCGUCUGGCCAUUCCAACGUUGAUGAAUCCGAUAAUGAUUCUAGUGACAGCGUGUACAGUGACGCACCGGAAGAUCUGGACGGCGAUGGGUUUGGGUCGAUUAACGCUAUUGUGGACAGCCCCCCCAUGCCCCGUUCUCCAGUGUCUCAGACGAAUGGUGACAUGGCAGGGUCGCAGGCUGUUGGGCGAGCCGCGGCCGCUGACGAGCAAUUGCAAGACAAGGCUCGGCCUUUUACUCCAACCCAAGAUUCGGGGCAUUACUUGGCGAACGACCCGCCCACCACACCUCCCAUCUCAUCCCGAGCGAACCAGACGCAGCCUUCUCCUCAAACUGACAGUCCUCGUGCAGCUGUCGCCAAAUCAUCCCGACCUAAGUCCGAUUCAACCGGAACUGUAGCUCAGACAAACGGCUCCCGCGUGAAGUCGGCAAAUAAUGAUGCGACUACCCAGCGACCCAGUCCCCUCGGUCCGGCGUUCCAGAUGAAGAAGACCAACGAGAGCUCGGCUGGACAACGGAGUGCCAUGCGUCGCACCAUGUCAAAUGACAGUGACUCAUCGAGCAGUUUUGGGCGUGGUAAGCCCGGUCUGCGCAACGACGCGCCAUUCUCUAUGCGGCGAACAAUGAGAGGGAGUGCCAUGAAGCUUCAGGAGUCGCCCGGUGUUAUGCGGACGGGAUCUCCAGAUGAAUAUCGACCCACCUCCUCCAACUCGGGAACUGGGACCAUGCGAAAGUCCUUGCGGGGCUCCGGAACAGGAAACGAACGAAUGUCGUUUUUCUCGACCAAUAACAAACCUAGUCGGGGCAAAGUUUCCAAAGCGGCACCGGCGUCGAGAUCCAUGCGCAAUUCACGGUUUUUUGAUUCGGAUGAUGAGGCAGAUGCUGCCCCAUCCAAUCUGUUCCGCAGUCGAUUUGCUGAUUCAAGUGAUGAGGAUGAGCCAAAUCAUAAUGUGAUGCGGCCUGUCCGCGGGAUUCCACGUCGACAAGGCAUGAGAGAUGGCGAUUCUACCGAUCUAGAGGACAGUUCAGAGGACGAACCUCGGCCACCAGUUGCGGUGCCAUCUGUGCAUCGACCAAAUCCAACCGUGCCGAGUGCGCGAGAGAAGGGUGCUCCCAAUAUGUCCGGCUUGGCUGCUGUAGCUAAGCAGCGCGGCAUGAGCCAACGGGAAUUGGAGGAAUUCAUGAUGCAGUCUUCACGAGGUCAGAAACCGGGUUUGCUUACGCGUCUGGGACUGAAAAAGCCGAAGCAUUCCGAAAACCGGAUUCGCAAGGCGGAUACUGAAAGCCCAUCCCGCAAUGACACUCCAUUGGAGCGAUCACGACUUGAGCGUGGGCAGGUGCGAGGGGACUCGUAUACGAAUGGGGUGAGCGGGGCGAAUGCGGCGAAUGGAUUAAAUGGAGCAAAUAGCCGUCAUGGAGUAGUCACCACGGUGAGUGCCGAGGUGCCAGAGCCGAGUACUUCGCCCCGACCUACUCGACGACUGUCUAAGCGACACACAACGGACGCAAACCAGUGGCCGCUGCCUGUCGAUCCAAAAUCGGACGUCUCUCGUCCAGCCAUGUCGCACAGUCGCAGCUUUUCCUCGGUCCCUGUCCAGUCCACUCCUGCUGAGGGCAAUGGGCGUGCCGUGGUCACCGGGAGUGAAGCAGUCGGGCCAAUUUCGCCGAUCCAAGAAGAGCCCGAGCAAACCUCGGUCAAUAAAGCCGAAUCUGCGCUUGGUCAUCAAUCUGGACAAGCCGGGGUUUCAUCGCUGAGAGAGCAAGGCCCGUCCGCCCGAGACGUGGUGAUCACUGGAUCCGGCCGCAAGAAACGAUUCCCCCUUAUACGGAAAGCCUUUGGUCUACGCGGGUAG